AUGUCGGUCCUCUCCACCUCCAUCUCGCCGGGCAACCCAGUCAAGAAGGAAGACGCAAACCAGCUCCUCCAGAAACUCGGCCUCUCAGUGAGCCCAGAAGAGGAGGAUGACUUUAACAUGCUGCUGGCAGCCGUGCACGACUGCGCCGAAACCAUCUCGAAUCUACCCGACUACCAGCCCAGCCCCGGUCUCAAACGAUACCCUCGACAGAACGUGCGACGUCCUUCCCCAGAAGAGCAGGCCUUUGGGCAGGCAUGGGCUCAUAACCUCAAAGAUACGAUUGCGGUCGCAGGCGUGCCGCAGCUGCUUGGAAGCGACAUCAUACCCUCUUGGACCCCUAUCACAGAUGCCACGGUGAACUACUGCCACUCGACCUUGUCGUACACCAGUGCGCAGGGGAUCGUCGAGAAUCCCCAUGCUUCGGGGUACUCUGCUGGGGGCAGUACCUCGGGCGGCGCAGCUCUGGUCGAUAUAACGUUUGGAGGUGAUCAGGGUGGAAGUAUUCGUGUCCCUGCCUCUUGCUGCGGCUGCGUCGGACUGAAGCCGACAUACGGGCUGGUUCCUUACACCGGUAUCGCCAGUGGAGACGCUAUCAACGACCAUGCUGGUCCGAUUGCCAGGAGCCCGCUUGAUGUUGCCUUGUGCUUGGACGCCAUCUGUGGAUAUGAUGGAAUCGACGAUCGGUGUCUGGGUAGUCCCAGGCACGGAUCAACGUCCUAUGCAGAAGACCUUCGAUCAGCGCCUGACCGACUUGACGGCUUACGAGUAGGAUAUCCGAAGGAUGGCCUCCACAUGACCGGGAUGUGGCGCGAGAGACUUCCCUGGACGGCAGAUGGUUUCCAGCGAGCGUUCCCCAGCACCAAGAACGUGAUAAUCAACGGCCUCUACCUCACCUCCCAGUUUCCGGACCUGUACGGCAAGACCAUCAAGAUCGGUCGCAAGCUCCGGGAUCUCUACGAGGAGCUUUUCCAGGCGUAUGACGUUGUGGUCGUGCCGACCACGCCCGUUGUUGCGCCCCGAUAUGGUGCACGCGGCCUCCCUAUUGAAACUCUCAAACCCAGUACGGGCCUCACCAUCAAAACGGCCAUCUUCGACGUUACCGGCCACCCUGCAAUGUCUAUACCCGUGGGGCUCAUUGUGGGCGGACUGUGGCAAGAAGCCAAGGUCCUUCGUGUGGGACACGCAUGGGAGAAGCACUUUGACUGGACGAAACAGCACGCAGACUAG